AUGGCAUCGGGUCCUUCAGUCAACCUGCUGGACAUGGCCUCGUCGGUCAUGUCAGCAGCAGUAGGGGCAUCCCUGACCAUCCGAGCCUUUGCCCUACCAGAAGACUCCAAUAAGAACGCACGCUUGAAAGUGGAUGGCACUUUUGUAACGGAUGCCGAUUAUGCUGCCCAGCAAAUUAUCACCAGCGCAGUCCAACGGGUGUCUACCAAUGUGAGGAUUCUGGGAGAAGAAAGCCCGGAAGGAGGAGCCAAAAUACCCCAAGAAAAGUUAGAACACGCCUCGGACGCGGGCAUGAGGGAAGGAUGCAGGCGAGAGGUCUUUCUUCGCUUCAAGAACAGAAGUGGUGGCAGCCAAGCGCCACAAUCACUGCCUCUGGCCGUGUCAUCUCAUGAUGCAACAAUAGAAAACAAGCCAUCUUACGAUCUAUCUGAAGACGAGAAGAAGGAAGUCAUCGUGGAUGUGUCAAGGGUUUGUGUCAUUAUUGACCCCCUCGAUGGGACGAGCUCGUAUGCCAAAGGAAAAUACGAUGCAGUUUCUGUUUUAGUUUCCGUCAACCUGGAUUAUCAGCCUCACUUUGGCGUCAUCUGUAAGCCGUUCGGGUACGAAGGAUUGCCACCUGUUAUGGGCACGCCUUGUGCUGCUGUGUACGGUGGGCCUCUGCUUGGGGGUGGAUUUAUUGCAGGGGGAGACACCUUGCUGCCAGUUUCUGCUGCAACCCAACCUACAAAUAGUGAGAAUCCAUCAUCAGAUCUCCCGCGAGCAAUCAUUUCAAGCUCUCGGUCCAAAGGCGUUGUGGAAGAUGUUUGCAAGCAGCUCGGAAUGCUUGGCGUUAUCGACCCGACACCGAUGCAUAUUAGUGGCGCAGGGGAGAAAGCGUUACGGCUCGUGUUGAGGCAGCACAACGAGGGUCUAUGGUUCUUUCCAAAGUCGGGAACAUCACUUUGGGAUGUCGCGGCAGCAGAUGCAAUGCUGCGUUCGUUGGGAGGCAAGGUCACAGACAAGUUCGGCCGGCCGCUGGACUAUUCCAAAUCCAGGGAUGAAGCCGAAAAUGAGGACGGUGUCAUCGCCUGUGCAGACGACAAGUUACACGCAGAAUGCAUGCGUGUGUUCCAGAAUGGGAAGUGGGAGGAAUAG